UAUAAGAUAAGGCGGAAAGUGGAAAGUGGAAAGUGGAACAUAAAAGCUGGUGUUUUUGUCUUCUGAGUUCUGAGUUCUGAGACUCUACUCUCUCUCUGUUUCACAAGUCCCACAUGGACGUUCCGACCAACCCAGAAAUCUCGGUGGAGGUUCCUCCGUACCUUCGAGUGCACAAAGACGGCACCGUCGAGAGACUCGCGGGAACCCAGGUAGCUCCCGCCGGCCACGAUUCCGACACCGACGUUCUCUCCAAAGACAUCCUCAUCAUCCCCGAAACCGGUGUCACAGGCAGGCUCUACCGUCCCAAUUCCACUCCCCAAACCGCCAAGCUUCCGUUAGUUCUCUACUUUCACGGCGGCGCCUUCUGCAUCUCUUCCGCCGCCGACCCUCUUUACCACAACUCCCUCAACAGGCUGGUGGCCGAGGCCAACGUCGUCGCUCUCUCCGUCAAUUACCGGUUAGCGCCGGAGCACCCACUCCCAACCGCGUACCACGACUCUUGGGCGGCGAUCCAGUGGGUGGCGGCCCAUGGUAGAGACCACGAAGACUGGCUGAGGGUCAACGCUGACUUCGAGAGAGUUUUCUUGGCCGGGGACAGCGCGGGUGCCAACCUAGGACACUACAUGGCCUUAAAGAUGGACAAUGUUAAGGGUUUUGGUUUGAAGGGUUUUGUGAUGGUGAACCCUUAUUUCUGGGGGAAGGAAGCGAUUGGAGUUGAGGUGAGUGAUGAUGAGAGGAGGAAGAUGGUGGAUAAGUGGUGGGGUUUUGUUUGUCCUUCGGAUAAAGGGAACGAUGACCCUUUGAUUAACCCCUUUGUGGAGGAGGCUCCCAGUGUUGAAGGGGUGGCUUGCCACAAGGUGCUUGUUGUUGUGGCUGAGAACGAUAUACUGAGGGAAAGGGGGAAGCUUUAUCAUAAGAUGUUGACUAAUAGUGCUUGGAAAGGAAACGCUCAGUUCUAUGAGACUCUAGGGGAGGAUCACGUCUUUCACAUCUUCAACCCUCAUUGCGACAAGGCCAAGACUUUGCUCAACCGAAUUGCUCAUUUCAUCAAUCAACACUGAAUGUUUUCUUCUUUACUUUCAUUCUCUUGUGUGUGUGGAUGCAUAAGAAUAAGAUUCAACAAAGGUUGUUUUGUUUUGUUUCUGUUUCCAGUUAUUCAAUUCCUAUCAUUUAUUAAUCACUAGUCACUACCAUCGUCAAUGUUGUAUAUUUAACUAUAAUCAAUUUAUAUGAAGGAUUCCUGCUUUAUUUGUGUU